GAAGUGGGCCCCGUUGAAAGUAGGGAUGUCUGGCUGGGGGUGGGGGACCUGAGUGCUCAGCAUCCAACUGAGAGUGAGAUUCCUGGAGAAAGCCCCCUUCCUGUCACAGCACCCAUAGCACUCUGAGCCUGCUUGCAGCCCAACAGCCUCUCCGAGGAUGCUCCAUUUGAAAGUGCAGUUUUUGGAUGAUUCCCAGAAGAUUUUUGUGGUUGAUCAAAAGUCAUCGGGAAAGGCCCUCUUUAACCUGAGUUGCAGCCAUCUCAAUCUUGCUGAAAAGGAGUACUUUGGAUUAGAAUUCUGCAGCCAUUCUGGAAAUAAUGUUUGGUUGGAACUUCUGAAGCCCAUAACAAAGCAAGUAAAAAAUCCUAAGGAAGUUGUUUUCAAAUUUAUGGUGAAAUUUUUCCCAGUGGACCCUGGACAUCUUCGGGAAGAGCUUACAAGGUAUCUUUUUUCCCUUCAAAUAAAGAAGGACUUGGCUCUGGGAAAACUUCCAUGCAGUGACAAGUGUACAGCAUUAAUGGUGUCUCACAUCUUACAAUCAGAACUUGGAGACUUUCAUGAAGAAACAGUUAGGAAACAUCUGGUACAAACCCGGUACUUACCAAGUCAAGACUGUUUAGAGAGCAAGAUCAUGCACUUUCAUCAGCAGCACAUUGGCCGGAGCCCAGCUGAAUCAGAUAUUUUGCUACUGGACAUAGCAAGGAAGCUGGAUAUGUAUGGCAUCAGGCCUCAGCCUGCCAGUGAUGGUGAAGGGAUGCAGAUCCACCUGGCUGUUGCUCACAUGGGUGUACUGGUGUUACGGGGAAAUACAAAGAUUAAUACUUUCAACUGGGCUAAGAUCCGCAAGUUGAGUUUUAAGAGGAAGCAUUUUCUCAUCAAACUUCAUGCUAAUAUAUUGGUGCUGUGCAAAGACACUUUGGAGUUCACCAUGGCCAGCCGAGAUGCCUGCAAGGCUUUCUGGAAAACUUGUGUAGAGUACCAUGCUUUCUUCAGACUUUCCGAGGAGCCCAAAUCAAAGCCCAAGACGCUACUCUGCAGCAAGGGUUCCAGUUUCCGCUACAGUGGAAGAACUCAAAGGCAACUAUUGGAAUAUGGCAAAAAAGGGAGGUUAAAGAGCCUGCCAUUUGAAAGGAAACAUUACCCAUCUCAGUAUCAUGAACGACAGUGCAGGUCGUCUCCAGACAUUCUCUCUGAUGUGUCAAAACAAGUGGAAGAUCUGAGACUUACAUGCACUGGGUACUACCGAAAUGUAAAUGGAGUGCACGCAUCUGAGCCUAUGCUAGACAGUAGGAGGAGGAACUCUGCGGUGGAGGUGACAUUUGCAGCCGAGCUGGAGCGCUCCAAACCAGAGGCAGAUCCCACAUUGCUACAUCCAUCCCAAAGUAGUUCUUCUUUCCCUUUUAUUUAUACAGACCCUGUCUUUAACACGGACCCUGAUCCCAGAGACUUCUUUGAGGAACGAAGUCCCCUAAGUUCUUUCCAAACAAGCUCUAAGUUUGUUGACAAUCACAUAAGCACAUCUAGUUUCAGAAGCAAAGUGAGUCCUGCAAGACGGCUAGCAUACACUGAUGUGCCCUAUAUUCCUUGUAUUAGUCAGCAGGUUGAUAUUAUGCCUCCCCAAGUCUUCUUUUAUGUGGACAAGCCACCCCAGGUGCCCAGACGGUCUCCAAUCAUGUCAGAGGAAAGGGCAAGACCAGACAGCUAUAUAGAGCCCAGUCCAAUAAAGCCAGCCAAAAGAAGCCCAAGGAGUAUCAGGAUAAAGAGCUUACAGCAAGACCUUCAAGAUCUCCAAGAAGCUAUGGCCAGAACUAGUGGUAGGAGCAAUAUCAGUGUAGAUCUCGAUGAGGAAGACCCACAAUUAGAUGAUAUGUUUGCAUGUAACAUUCAAGAUCAAACCCCUAAAUGGUCCCAGAGCCAAUCAGACAUGAAAACUAUCCGUUUUCCCUUUGGGUCAGAAUUUAGACCAUUAGGGCCCUGUCCUGCUCUGAGUCGUAAAGUGGACCCGUUUGUGUGUAUGUUUGCAGAGCAGGAGUUCUCAGCAGUUCUAAUGGAUCAGAGCACAGCAGAAAGGUAUGUAGCAAGUGAGUCCAGCGAUUCAGAAUCAGAAAUUCUUAAACCAGACUACUAUUCAUUGUACAGCAAAGGAAUAAAGUCACCCAUGGCCAGAAUCCGCUUGUCUUCUGGUAGUCUGCAGUUAGAUGAAGAAGAUGAAGAUGUUUCUUUCACCACACCAGUCACUGAAGAUAGGACUUUGUUAAAACCAUGCAAUUAUUUCUUAGCUUAAGAGUGAACUCUGUGAAUGUUCCCAGGUCAGUUCCAUGUUACCAUCUUAGGUAAGAAAUGAGGAAUGUUUAAUAAACCUUUUCUUAGUCAUUUUAAAUUGGCAGUAAGGGAAUGUUCUCAUUCUGGACACCUAUAGCGUAGGAAAGAUCAAGCUGCUGCUACAUUCUCUGCACUUCACUCUUCUAUUCCCUCUGAACAGACUCUGGACCAUGCCUCUGACCAGCACUAUUGCAGUGGGAGGGAAGUAUCUGUCAUCAUCAUAAUACAUUCCUCAUCCAGACAUUGUAAAUGAAGGCCCAUAUUUUGAGACUGAAGAACAGUGACACUGUGGGCUCGCAUACGAGACUGACUUCUAAAUGUCAUUUUGUCAUCUAGUAGACUGUGACUAUGUUGGUCAUUUUGUCCUUAAAUAAUGCUAAACAAAGGUUUGGUUCCUCCUGACUUGUAUGGGACCUAGUAAACAGUUUUGUUACAUACUACGAAUGCCAAUUUUUAUAACAUAUAUGAAGGGAGAGCAUGACCCUCCUACAGCCUCAGGAACAAAUAAGUGGCACAAAUCUCCCAAGCAGAAUAUGUUUAGAAUCAAGGACCUGGCAGAAUUCUCGAUCCAGGAAGUUCAUGGAUUAGGCCCAUUUCUCAAUGUUUAACUUGUGACUUCUCUAUUCUGAACAACUUUUUCUAUGUAGUGAGAUAAAUGAUAACAAGCCAGUUUGUUCACCAAAUCUCUCCUGUCAGAAUUUAUUCUUUCAU